AUGGCUCAACAAGAUGUUCAAAACGGUGCUUCCGAAACACCUGUUCCUGCUGCUUCGUUCGAUGCUCUGAAGCCUCAGCUCUUCGUCGAAGCUCCUAAAGCUAAAGACGCUGUUGCGUUCUACAAGAACGUCUUCGGUGCGGAAGAGGUUUCUCGAACCUUGAACCCUAAGCGUAAGGCUGAUCAGGAGAUUCCUCAUGUUCUCUCCGCUGAACUCAAGAUCGCUGGCUCUUCCUUCCUUGUUGCUGAUGGCGUUGAUGAUUCUGCUACACCUGUAAAGACUGGUGGACACGGUGUCGUUUUUGCUUUGGAGACUGAAGAUGUUGAAGGUGCCAUAGCGAAGGCGGUGAAAGGUGGAGCAGUUGUGGACAUUGAAGGCGCGGCUGGUGAAGGGCGCGUGGGAAAGGUGACUGAUCCGUACGGUUAUGUUUGGCAAAUCAGCGCUCCUUUGAAGAAGGAAGUUGAGGUGGAGGUUUGA